AAUCAGCUGUUCAGUUGGCCGUUAGUGAAUCACCUUCAGUAUUUCGUGAUUUUGGUUUAUUAUUAUUUUUCCCUGAGGAUGUCGCGCGAGUGCGAGUUCCUGGUGAUCGGUGGCGGCAUCGCUGGCGUUAGCUGCGCCGAGUCCUUGGCCAUCUGCCGACCCACUGCCUCCAUUCUUCUGCUCACGGAAUCCAGCAUCGUGAAGAGUGUCACCAACUUGGUGCCGGUGGCUCGCUAUCUGCACAAGUUCGAUGUCCGGGAACGGGAUGUCUCCGAAAUGGGAGCCAUCAUCGAGACUCUAGUGGACCAAUUGGAUCACAUCAACAGCAAGGAGCACUGGAUUCGCACCAUAAAGGGUGUGGUGAUCAAGUAUCGCUAUCUGUGCCUCUGCACUGGUGGAGUACCUAAAUUAUUCUGCGGCCAGGUACUCGAUCCCUGCGCCUUUGGCAUUCGGGACACGGAUUCUGUGCUGUAUUUGCAGCGCAAGUUGGCGGCAGCCAAGGAUGUGCUGAUCCUGGGCAAUGGCGGCAUUGCCAGUGAGUUGGCCUACGAGCUGAAGGAUGUUAAUGUCCAUUGGGUGGUGAAGGAUGCCCACAUCUCGGCCACCUUUGUGGACCCAGGAGCAGCGGAGUUUUUUCAGCUGGCCAGGAGCGAGUUGGAUGCACAGGAUUCCUCUCCGGUAACGGCUAUCAAACGUAUGCGAUAUGGUGAAGUGCUUCCCAAGGAGCAGACUAAUAAACAUGGUGCUGCUUUGGGUCCGGAUUGGCAUCGCACCUUCGAAUUGAGUGGGGCAGCUGGAGGAGCAGAUAAACGCCUUCCGAAGAUCUACUACAAAUCUCGCAUUUAUUCGACCCUGGAGCUUCCCGAUGAAGGAGGAUAUGAAGUCCAGUUGCAACACGAGGAUGGGAGUAAGGAGCAGCUGACCUGUGACUUCAUUGUUUCCGCCACGGGAGUUUCGCCGAACACCUUUUACAGCUGCGAUUCCAAGCUGAAGUUAUCUGAGGACGGUGGCAUUCUCGUGGAUGAAAUGAUGCGUACAAAUCUGGAGGAUGUCUAUGCAGCCGGUGAUGUCUGCACGGCCAACUGGCCUGCAGCGAUGCACUGGUUCCAGAUGCGCCUGUGGACGCAGGCCCGACAAAUGGGCUCGAUGGCGGGCAGGAGUAUGGCAGCCGCCAGCGAGGGUGAAACCGUGUACCAGGACUUCUGCUUCGAGCUCUUUGGCCAUGUAACCAAGCUCUUUGGCUACCCAGUCGUCCUGCUGGGCCGAUUUAAUGGCCAGGACUUGGGCCAGGACUAUGAAAUCCUAGUGCGCUGCACUCGCAACAAAGAGUACAUCAAGUUUGUCCUGCAAAAGGGCAGACUGCGCGGUGCUAUCCUCAUCGGCGACACCGACUUGGCCGAGACCUGCGAGAACCUCAUCUUAAACGGCAUCGAUCUGGAGCCCUAUGGCGAUGAUAUACUUAAUCCCGAUAUUGACAUUGAAGACUAUUUUGAUUAGUUUAUUAUGGGCUAGCUUAAGUAUUAAAACCUUUUAGAAUAAU